CUCAAUAGCCAGCAGAAGGAAGGGUGUGAACGCACUGCUUAAGGGUGUGGGGCGGCGAGCUAAAAAAAAUAACCGUCUGUUUCUUACUGACUAUGAAGAUUGAUAUCUUUCCAGUGGUGUAUUGAUCCGUGGACAUGAUGGGUAUACUGCCCGGGUUGUGUGUGUUGUUGUUGAUGGCGCUGCUGUACGUCGCUGUUACCGAGGAUACUGUAACUACGGUGUACUUCACGGAUGGCGGAGAUCUAACGUUAGAAGUGAGGCCUGCUUUUCCGGGACACAUCAACGACAUCCUGUGGAAGUGCAACGGUAAUCUGCUGGCCGAUUGGGUGGAGAAUCUGGUUCCUUUGAGUUAUGACCCCAGAAUUAAAGGACGAGCAAACCUCACCAUAGAGACUGGACAGCUGAUCAUCAACAACAUGAGUAAAGAGGACGAGGGUGUGUAUUCAGUGGAGAUCAACGACAGAGUCCAGAGUGAGAGAUAUCGAGCUAAAUUGAUCAACAAGGUCCAGAUGCCCGAAGUAGUGUGGAGGACAUUUACUUGUGAGGCUGAGUCUGAGAGUUGUAGGUUCACCUGUGACUCAGACACCACUGGGGCUGAACCCAUCACCUACAGCUGGAAGAAGGGAGAGUGGGAGGUGUCUCAGAAGGACAUCACCAUCAUCAUCAAGGAUGACUCAGGUGUGAAGACCUUCCCCUUUAUGAUGGAGAACCCAGUCAGCUGGGAAGAAAGUGACCCGCUCUACUGGGAGCUUAAGCCAGACAACAGUGCUGCAAUUUGGGUGGGUGUUUUUGUUAGUUUGCGCGUCUUAGCUGGGGUUGUGGUUGGUUUGGUUGUGGCAUGGAUAAAGAAGAUAGGCCCCUUCAAGAAGCAAGGAACCAACAUCACUGAUCCUGCACAUGGAAAUGGACAGCCAACUUCUCCUCCUAGUGACAGUUCACCUAAGACAGCUGAGACCAUACCACUUCAGGAUAACCCCUAAGACACAAAGUCAGACGCCAAAGAAACUGCAUGAAGUUGAGGAGCUCAAAUAGUCCUCAGACUUCUAUUUCUGCAUACAUGACAUGUACAAACAUGUUCAUUUUUUUGUGUAUUUUUUAGCAUUCAGCUGUGUGCAUCAUCGACUGUUACCUGCAGCAGAGGGAUUUUCAUGACAACAAAGUUGUUUUUUUAAGAACAGCAUGAAAACAUGAUUGUAUUUUUUGUAUUUAUUUAUUUUUUUAAACAGCCACCUGUGAUUUUAUAUAUGUAUGUAUGUAUGUGGGUGUUUCUGCAACUAAAAUCACUUUUGACUCUCCUAAAUUAAAAAAAAAAAACAAUCUCUAUGAAUUUUAACCAUCAGAGAAAACUAAACUUAUAUUAACAGAUAUAUGAUAUUCUCAGUGAGUCUUUGCAGUGUGCCUGAGGAUGUAAAUAAGUCAAUCAGACAUAUUGAUAAUGUGAGUGAAUCAGCUUUGAAUAUAUCUGAUAAGAAACCAUACCAAAGAAAAGUCUGAUUUAAUCACCAGAAGUGAAUGUAAUUAAAUUACCAACAUUUCAGCAUCUUCUGACCAGUUUCCAAAAAGUCUACACAUAAAGACGUACACACAAUUGCAUUUAGUCGUUAAGAUUUUAAUCUGUAACAUGUUUAUUUUUUAUGUUUUGUAUCACUUUGUUCUUAUACUAAAUGUCCUUACUGCAACAUUUCAAUAACAUUCAUAUAUAUAAAUAAAUACAUAUUUUUAAAUUCA